AUGAUAGGCGCUGGCAGUGCCUCAAGACCAGCAGCAGCAGCAGCAGCAGCAGCAGCAGCAGCAGCAGCAGCAGCAGCAGCAGCUCGCCAGAUACUUCAGGGUAUAGUGGAGGAGCAGCAGCAGCAGCAGCACGAGCAGCAGCAACAUUCAGCAGCAGCAGCAGCAGCAGGUGCUGCUGAGGUAGCACAGACUGACACGCAGAACAGCAGCGCGGAAACAGAGGCCGAGGGAUCAGCAGCAGCAGCAGCAACAGCUGCAACAACAACAGCAGCAGCAACAGCAGCAGCAGCAGCAGCAGCAGGCCGGGUACUGCGGCUAUCUCUCGCUUCUUUAGCAGAGUCUGUUGCUCUUUGCUGCGCCCGCUCUGCUGCAGCUUUCCCAGAGGACGUCGACGACCCAACGGCGGAAACAGCGCAGGAGCAGCAGCAGCAGCAGCAGCUGCAACUCCAGAAGCAGCAGCAGCAGCAGCAGCAGAUCCUGCUGCAGAUGCUGCAGCAGCAAACACGGCAGCUCGGGCUGCAGCAGAUAUGUGCGAAUGUUGCUGCUGCCGAUGUAUCGUAUACUGGGGAGCUGCAGCAGGUGCAGCUGCAGCAGCAAGUGCAGCAGCUGCAGCAGCAAGUGCAGCAGCUGCAGCGGGAAUUAGAAGAGUUAAGGAAUGAAAGAACUUUGCUGCGGCAGCAGCUGCAGCAGCGUGAAGGUAUUCUCUCCGCCUUAUCUAUAAAGGCCACUGCUGUGCUGCAGCAGCUACGAGAGGAGCGCAGCGCGAGGGAGCUGCAGCAGCAGCAACACGAGCAGCAGCAACAGCUGCUGCUGCAGCAACUCCGGGCCAGAGACGCAAUGGUGCAGCAGCAGAAAGAGAAAGUGGAGACAUUUGCUGCAACAGCGCAGCAAGUGCGGCAGUGUUUGCUGCUGCUGCUGCGGCAGAAAGAAGCACACAGCGCCCACGCAGGCAGCAACGAAGUGGAUGGGAGAGGCAGAGGCUGCAGCGAGGAGCAGCAGCAGCAGCAGCUGCAGCAGCAGCUGCAGCAACAUUUGCAGCUGCAGCAGCAGCAGCGCCAGCAGCAACCGCAGCCUAUAGACCUUCUGCAUCAGCACACGACGGACCUUCACCAGCAGCAGCAGCAGCAGCAGCACCAACCACAACAGAAGCUGCAGCAGCAGCAGUUGAAACAGCAGCAUCAUCUGCUGCAGCAACAGCAACUGCAGCAACAGCAGCUGCAGCAACAGCAACUGCAGCAGCAACAGCUACAGCAACAGCAGCUGCAGCCGCAGCAGCAGCAAGCAGAGCAUGCAUCUCAGCAGCAGGCGCGCUCAAGUGUAUGGGCAGCUUUCCCCCCAGCAGCAGCAGCAGCAACAGCAGCAACAACAGCAGCAGCUGCAGCAGCACCGACGGCAUCGCAACCCGCUGGGCUGCUGCUGCUGCUGCUGCUGUUACUAAUGCUGCAGCAGCUGCGCCGCCUUCAAGGCACCGCAGGCGGCCCCUUGGCAAUGCAUCCCGCGGCAGUGUGCAGCAGCAGCAGCAGCUGCAGCUGCAGCAGCAGCAACAGCAGCAACAACAGCAGCAGCUGCAGCAGCACCGACGGCAUCGCAACCCGCUGGAUGCAAUUCAAGUAG